AAUACAGCUAAUAUUCUGUAAUGUCACAAUACUUCAAGCAUCUUGAAUUGUAGGUGUAGUGUGAAUUACAUUCAACAAGAAUGUUUGUCUCAUGAUAGUCGGUAAUGUAAACGGGUUUGUAACACAAUGUAGUUCACAUCAGUUGCAGUGAUCCAAACAGCUGUAGCAAGAUAACCAGACGGACUAAUUAUAUUAUCGUUAAAUGUUUAUAAGUCCCACUACCAUGAACUGUAGGUAAACUCAACAUUCACAUUGAAUUAACCCUACCCACUAUAACUAUGUGUACAUUAUGAUUUAUUGAUAUGUGUAGUGGGUACUUAAAAAGGGUUAAGGAUGACAAUAUAAAAUAAAAGGAUUGAGUUAUUUUACAGCUAACACUGUCAUUGUGCCUAAACUAAAUAUAUAUUACAAGCUGUGAUAAUGUGGGAACUGAAGGAUGUAAUUUCAAGGACACAUUGUGCCAUAGCAAAUUGACAGUUAACUUAAAAGUAAAGCAUUGUGAUAAAUACAUAUUAGUUGAUCUUAAAAUGGUGAUAGCAAGAAAGACUGACAUGUGUGUUUGUUGAAAAUAAUUGUUAACAACCAAGAUGAAUUUCAGUGUUCACACAAUCAUUUUCCUGUCAGUAUAUUUUAUUCAAGGGUCUGAGUCAUAUAGAAGAUGUGCGCAUCAUUUCAACAAUCGAACACAUAUUUCCAUUGACAAGGAAUACUCAGUUGAAAGAGACAGUAGUACAGAAUCUGUGGAGGAGUGCAAGUCUGCAGACUCUUGCUAUACUUUGUGGAAAGAGACAACCAAUGCUGACAAUGUCACAAUUACUGAAGUUCUUGCUCAAGGUUGUUGGGAGGUAUCAGGAAAGGAAGAAUGUGGGUCAGAGUUAUGUUUAGCAAUAAAUAAACAAACAAAAGCUCUCAACAACACAAAAUUCUGUUGUUGCACUGAGGACUUAUGUAACUUGAAUUACACGGAGCCACCAUUCCUAGCCAGCUCUGACGAUGAGGAGAGAGUUGGCUUCUCCAUUACAAUUGCACCACCUGUGGCAGCAAGCUUAUCACAUCGUGAGACAGUAGUUGUGUUGGUGGCUUGUUCACUGACUCUACUUGCUGUGCUGUUGGCGUUGUUUGCCAUAUCUCGGCGCUGGACAGAUCCAGAAAAAGGCUUGCUCUCUGACUCUGUGCACUUAAUGGAGGGCAACCAUCGAGGGAAUAAUGGCCACAUGAUUGAUCAUAUUAAACUCUCAGCUGUUGUAGGUCAAGGGCGCUAUGGAACGGUAUGGAUGGGUUACCUUGAGAAUCAGCAGGUUGCCAUCAAAGUCUUCCCUGCAUCUUAUAAACAGUAUUAUUUCAAUGAGCGAGAUAUCUACUGCCUUCCAUUCAUGGAAAACUCAUCUCUACUAACUUAUUUUGGUUGCAGUGAGAAGAUAAGCUUGGAUAGCAACUGUGCAGAGUACUUACUUGUUCUGUCUUACUGCUCCAAUGGAUGUCUGCAAGAUUACAUUCGUCUGCACACGCUGGACUUCAACACUUUCUGUCGAAUGGCUCUCUCAAUUGCCAAAGGAUUAGCAUUUCUUCAUAUGGAUAUUCACAGGGGAGACAAGAGUAAGCCAUGUGUUUGCCACCGAGAUGUAAACACCCGGAACAUCUUGGUGAAGGCAGACCUGAGUUGUUGUCUCUGUGAUCUUGGGCUGGCUAUCAAACUAAGUGGUUCCCAUUACUACACUCUGGGAGAAGAACAACAUGCAGAGACCAAAUCCAUUAGUGAUGUUGGCACUCUGCGGUACAUGGCUCCAGAAGUACUGGAAGGUGCUGUCAACCUGCGAGACUGUGAGUCAUCUCUGAAGCAGAUAGAUGUGUAUGCCCUGGGUCUUGUGUUGUGGGAAUUGGCUAGCCGAUGCUCUGACCUAUACCAGACAAGCAUUGAAAUUCCUCCCUACAGGAUGCCAUUUGAAGCUGAAAUAGGUCAACACCCAACUUUUGAGCAAAUGCAAGUACUAGUGACUCGCAAGAAGGCGCGUCCGCUGUUCCCAGAGACCUGGCAGGAUUGGCCUGCCACGCGGCUAGUGCGUGAAACAAUUGAUGAUUGUUGGGACCAGGAUGCAGAGGCUCGGCUCACGGCACUUUGUGUGGAAGAGAGGCUAGUUGAGCUUUCCACACUCAACUGUAAAGGUACCAGCCAUAUGGGUGUUAGCCCCACAGUCAAUCAGACGCAAAGCCUCAUCUUGCAGCCUUACUACAACAAUAAUAAUAACAAUCUCAACGAAUCCACUGAAGAUACAGGUGACAAGGAAGGCAUGGAUUCUAAUUUAUCAGAAGGCACAGUUGAAACUUUGCUUACACUGUCUCCAUCAGAACCUUGUGUGGAAGCAAUCACAAACUGUAAGAACUCCAAUAGUCGAGUGCCGCAAUUACAGACGGUGACUCUGCAGCCGUACCAGGGGAGGAACCCAUGCUUUGAGCGUAAUCUUAUGUGGGAUGCAAACUGCCAAAAUGAUUUGAUUGACCGAUCAAUGAAACAUCACAUACAUAACUACUCUGAUAAUCACAAUCUUAUCACUAAUGAUUACUUAAAUCUUGUGCCACGUGUCAAUACACCAAUACCUUUUGUUCAGAAUGCGGUAUUUGAGAACAAUAUUCAGACAAUCCCCAAACAACCGAAUGUCCCUGGUAAUGGUAGCUCUCACAAGCAGUUCGGAGGCAUUUUGUCAAAACCCCUCAAAAAGCUACUAGAUUCAAAAAAGAAUCACUCAGAUCUGUCCCCAAAAUCAAAUCUUCGUUCAAGAGUUUUAAAAGAGACUGAAGUAAGCUUAGGUGAUCAAAAAACAAUCACAGCGAUAUUAAGUAAUGAUAAGGAAAAUACCAGUUUAGUUUUAGAUUUGAAAAAUGAUAUUAAGAGUAAAGAUAAGGUUCAGGCGAGCAAUAUGAAAGUGAUUAUUUCUCCGUUUGAAGAUUCUUCGGAUAAUAAAUUAAAAAAGAAGUCUGCUGAGAGGCCUUCAAGUUUACCACUUGUGAAUUCUAAAAAUAUAACUUCAGAUAAAAAGACAAAUUUGGAUGAUAUUUUUACAGAUGGUAACAAAGGUAAGUUAAAGGAUUUAGCUUGUCGAAUAAAGACUCCUGGUGAUGUUCCACCGUCUGUUAGAAGAAAAAGGGGAAAAAGUGUGUUGGGAGAAACUAGAUUUUCACUUUAUGAUGAUCGAAUGAUGGAAGGUAUGAGUCUGAAUGAAACGGAAAUGGAAGCAAACAUGACCACACAGUCUUUCCCUUCAGGCAUAGAACUUUCUGGUAGGCAAAGUAAAUUAGAUUCAAGUUUUUAAAUUUGAAAUAAUUUCUAUGUAAAGUCAGUGUGUACAAUACUGAAUUUAGAAUAUUACAUUUAGUUGCUGCGUAUUUUGCAGAUGUUUUGAUUAGACCUGUAUUUUGUGCAGUACAUUAAUGUGUUACUGAAAGUGUAAGAACUGUCUAAUAUAGUCUUAUUUUAGAAGAAUCCCAAUACUUUUCAGUGAAAAGUAAGGCUCUAAUUAAGGCUUAAAACCAUGAUUGUCUUUUUUAAACCUUACGAGUUGUGCACAAUUAUAUGGAAUUGGCUCUACAAACAAUUUAUCUGUGUUUGUACAGGACGUAAAAACUGUUUGAAGUGCUUUCUUCUAGGAUAUUUAGGAAAUGCAUGUAGUGAUUACAUGUUCUUUUACUUUAAAAAAUUGCCAGUUUGCAUUUCUUUUCUGUGGGGUUAAAUAAUGUAAAAUUUUUAAAACCAAUAGUAAUCUAAAUGUUUCUGUAUCUUGCCUUGCCACUAUCCCUCCCUCAUCCCUCCAACUCAUAAACUCUCCUUACAUGUAUUUAUUUAGCCAACACUAUCAUGAUGCAUCUGUAACAGUAAAUGGACCUACUCGUAAUGAUUUUUCUUUUUUACUGUGUAAGACGUUCCAUUUGUGUAUUGUUUUUUAAAGUAUAUUAAUGCAGUAUAAACAAUAUGUAAAAAAUACCAAAGUUUUCAAAAUCUCUAUGUUGGUUUUUUAAUUUAAAUAUCAUGGGGUUAAAUGAAUUCUAUCUGUGUUUUUAAAGAUACUUGUGUAAUUAUUACUUGUAGAUGAUUAAAUUUUAUACCAGUCUC